CUCUCUCUCCCUCUCUCUCUCCCUCCCUCCCUCUCUCUCUCUCUCCCUCUCUCUCUCUCUCCCUCUCUCUCUCCCUCCCUCUCUCCUCCUCCUCUCUGCAGAAGAACCAUCCUGCAGGAGUACCGUCUCUCCGGUCAGACGGACACCUGCCUGCCCGCCUGCCUCUCCUCUUUCUCGGAGCACCGGACCAUCUCCGUCGCACCGGGUACUGUAGUCGGCUCAGAGCGCUCGGAGGGCGGCUGCAGGCCGGAGGAGGGGUCGGUGUGAAGCCUGGAUGUACUGACUGGAUGGAUGGAUGGAUGGAUGGAUGGAUGCGGGGUCUCGUGUCUCACCUUGGGAGGAGAGUUCAGCCCGUGAUGCCUGACCUCUGACCUCUGACCCCUUUGAGAGACGCCUCUGAGGAAGGAUGGAGGGAAGAGAGGAGGAAGGUCGGGGAGAGGAGGCUGAGACCUCCUCCAGACCGAGAGGAGGUGGAGGAGGAGGAGGAGACGCCUGCAAACAAAAUGGCCUCAUCAACACCCACCGGCUGGGGGCGGAGCCUCGGGAGGCGCUGCUGCUGGUGUACUCCGCUCCUCAGUAUCAGGGUCACGUGGUGGUGAACCCUCCGCAGGAGAGGAGCAGUGGAGGAGGAGGAGGUGGAGGAGGAGGUGGAGGCGGGGGUCCUCCUCAGCUCCUGAACCCCAGCGCUCUCCUCCCCCGCCAGGCGGUGUCGGACCCCCACCUCAGGCCCGCCCCUGGCCUCCUCCUGUGCCCAGAGAGCGUCCUGCGGGCGUGGGGGGAGGCCGGGGGAGGCAACUGCUGCGAGACGACCUUCAUCGAGGGGCUCGGCGCCGACGCCUGCUCUUCCUCCUCCUCAGCCGCCGCUGCCUCCUCCUCCACGAAGGAGGCGCUGCUGUUUGCUGACGGGAGGUUUCUGGACUUUUCUGGAGAGGAAACCAAGAUUCCCACGCUGUCAUACGACAUCGACGAUGACGACGAGUUCCAGGAGCUCGAGAGUGAUUACUCCAGCGAAUCAGAGAGUGAGGAUGCCUUCCUGUUGAUGCCUCCCAGAGAUCACCUGGGCCUCAGUGUCUUCUCCAUGCUCUGCUGCUUCUGGCCGCUCGGCAUCGCCGCCUUCUACCUGUCGCACGAGACCAAUAAGGCGGUGUCUAAAGGAGACUUCCAUCUGGCGAGCUCCAGCUCGAGGCGGGCUCUCUUCCUGGCAGUGCUGUCAAUCACCAUCGGGACAGGUAUCUAUGUGGGCGUGGCCGUGGCGCUCAUCGCCUACCUCUCCAAGAACCACCACUGGUAAACCUCGUCGUCAGGGAGGAAAAAUUACCCAUCAGGCACCGGGAAUGUGUUUGGAAUCCUCACCUGGAGUCUCCAGGUGAGUCGGCAGGUCGGCCCGCUGCGAUGAGCUGGAGGACGACUUCCUGUUUGCAGACAACGGCGGCGUCCGUUCAACCAAAACACGGCGAGACGUUUGUUUUUCUGCGUGGUGACGUCACUCGUGUCAGGUGACUCCUGAGACCUUUAAACCAAUCAGAUGGUUUGUUUUUCUCUCUGUUGGGAUCCACUUCGUUUAAUGAACAUUUCCAGUGUGAUUUUUUUAAUUUAAACUUUAAUACGACACUGAACUCUUACCAGAUGAAUAGUCUCCUCUAUAUCAGUGAAACAUUGACUUUAUGUAGUGAAACAGAGACAGGUGAGUUUUAUUCUCGAUGUUUCUAAUUUGGAUGAUGAAGAAAGUUUCUGUCGCCGUUCCAAUAAAAACACAUUUUGGGAUUCAAGAGGCUUCAAAUGGCAAAAAACUGUGGAAACAAUUGAAACUGAAGUUAUUCAAACGCCACAGUAGAAAAUAAAACAACAGACAGAUUUGUGCAGUCUGAACCAAGCUGAAGCUGAUUAGGACCUUUUUCAUCAUCUUACAUUGUUUUCUUAUUAUUUCCUUCCAAACAAUAAAAAUGCACCAAACUUUGCAGAACAGUUAUUAUCUAGAUCGCUGGUUCCCAGCCAGGGGGUCUCGACCUCCUAGUGUGGCUGUAAGGGGUUAAGGGGUGUAACGGCACGUUGUAACUUUUCACAUGGCGCAAUUACAUACAAAGUCACGCGAAUGGCGCGACACGAACACGCAAAAUUUGCGUCAUUUGAGUUGAAAUAUUUCAACUGAAGCGAGGAAUUCGUGUGAUGUUGUGUCGCGAAAGCCAACGGUGUCGCGAAAAUUUGCUUCGCUCUUGGUUUGAACACUAAUGAACUAAAAACAGAAACGGGAUGUGGCCGAUAAACAAAAUCACACUGGAAGUAAAAUUGAACACAACGAGAUACGCAUGCUCAGAAGAACUGGAUCACUGGAUCUGGAUCUCUGGAUCACUGGAUUAGUGGAUCACUGGAUCUGGAUCACUGGAUCACUGGAUCACUGGAUCACUGGAUCUGUAUCUAGAUCACUGGAACAGGAUCACUGGAACGGGAUCACUGGAUCACUGGAUCUGUAACUCUGGAUCUGUAUCUAGAUCACUGGAUCACUGGAUCACUGGAUUACUGGAUCAUUGGAUCUGGAUCUAGAUCACUGGAACAGGAUCACUGGAACGGGAUCACUGGAUCACUGGAUCUGUAACUCUGGAUCUGUAUCUAGAUCACUGGAUUACUGGAUCACUGGAUCACUGGAUCACUGGAUCACUGGAUCUGGAUCCCUGGACUGACUGGUCCCUGUUUGUGUAUCAGAACACAAAGACUGGAUCGAUCGUUGUAAUCAAGACUCUUGAACUCGGUUUCUUUCUCUGUGUGGAUUUAUUUGGUUCUGCUCCAGUUUCUGUGGUUCUGUUCAGGUUUUUAUCAUAAACACACAGCUACUCAAAUAAUGUAUAUCACAGUCGUGCGUCAUAUAUAUAUAUAUAUAUACUGUAUAUAUAUAUAUGUAUAUAUAUAUAUGCAUAUAUAUAUAUAUGCAUAUAUAUAUACUGGGCUAAAGGGCUGAAACCACCAUCAGUCAUGUUGUUGUAUAGAUUCACCUGCUGGGCUGUGAUGUCACCCACACCUGUACACUUAUUAACACCUGUGGCUAAAUGUUUUCCUUUAAUCAAACUCACACUUCUGAUAUUUUGGUAAAUCCUGGAGCCCGCCAGAAGUCACAUGGUUGGGAAAUGUAUUUUUUUAUAUAUAUAUAUAUAAAUAUAUAUAUAUAAUUUUAUUUCUACCAUGUGACCUCUGGUGCUUCAGCUGCGUUCCAUUUGAUGGAAAUUUCAACUGCCUUGAAGUCCGAUUUCCAAUCCAAUUUUCCAAAGUCCAAUCAACUUCGUAUGUGCAAAAUACAGUGUAAUGCAUUGUCAUCAAUUAGUAUUGCUAACCGUGGCUAAACUGGCUGGAGCUAACCACAUUAUGGUUUCUGACUUGUACUGGAAUGACGCUCUGAUCUGGUGCAACUUCAUUGAGACGCUCUGAUUUCUGAGGUAAAUGGAACACAGCAUUCGUCUCCGUGUGUCCAGUACAUGGAUGUAUUAAAAGAACUGGAUACAGCAUUGGAAGCGGGGCCCCGUUCAUUCCUAUGAAAGUUACUCAAUGGCGCAUGAAGCCUAAAUGGCUCCACUUCCGUCUGGAAAAGUACCCGGA